UGUUAUUUGUUAUUAUUUUCGCUAAUUAGUUGGCAUCUUAGUUGGCAUCGCAUCACAUAAAGUGAGCGACGCAGCCAAGCACAUUUUUUCAUUGUAUCACAUUGUUCUUGUGAAAGACCGCGUCUAACUUCUCGAAAUGACAGCCAGCGUCGUAUAUUUCCUUUUGCUAAUUUGCGCGGCACAUAGGUUAAUCGACGCUGCCAAAUUAAACCACCCACGCGUACUCCUACCCAUCUUCCAAGAGAAAUCCAUCAACUUCACCUUACAGGUGGACGAAAGAAAUUGCUACAAAUGGACGUCUUCCCGCCAAGACCUUAUAUCCGUGAUGCCUGUGUAUCAUGACUUCAGCGAAUGCGCCUACGAGGCGGUGGUCACAGUGCGGACUCGCGAGCGACGUCGUAACACGGCCAUUGUGUUUGCGGAAGAAGUGCACACCGGUGCAGUGCUGCGCUGCGACGUGAUAGUGGACAACAUUGCCUGCCUGAACGUGCGGACUGCCACACGCCAGCUCUACCUGGAGGAGGCGCCAGCGAUCUUCGAGCUGCACGCCUUCGACUCUCAGGGCAACGAGUUCUUCACCCUCGAGGGAAUCGAGUUCAACUGGGGCAUUUCGGAGCCCGACAGCAAAAAGCCGCCCGCUAUGCGAUUCCUAACCUUCUCGCAAAGCCCGUUCCACACGGUGCCACCCGCUCUCGAGAAAUUCGAAGCCGUCGGCAUCAAGGGCUACAUGAUCCUGCUGGAGGGAAUCAAUACGGGCACUUCGAAGAUAACCAUCACCUUGCCCUAUGCCGAUUACAGCAAUGUGAAGCCCCUGGAAGUGUACAUCAGUGUGCUGGCCAAUAUAAUAAUCGAGCCUUCCGAGGCGACGAUCCUGAACAAAGACUCGAUUAGCUUCCGCAUUCUUCAGCUGAAGAUGGACAAGCUGCACGACAUUACGGAAAGUAAGCAAUACUUCCUCGAGGUGGAGGAUACCGAGGUGGCCAGUUUGAGAGGUAGCACCGCAACCGGAGAGACACUAGGGCGCACCCAGAUCCUGCUGCGUGAUAGAAACAUGCCAGAGACCGUUAAGAACACUAAGGGGCCCAGCGCUCUCUUGACCGUGGCAGAGCCCCAUAAGCUGGGCAUCAGUCUCCUGCCAUACAACAACUGGGUGACGGUGGAGGGCGAGAAGCACGAAGUGGUCUUCGACCUUUACGCUCCAGAUGGCCAAAAGGUGACGCUGGGUAACCGGUUUGCCAUCCACUCCAAUCUGGACAAAUCUCUUUUCGGCAUCCUCAACAAAACAAAAAACGGCAGCUGUCUGUACGGUGAAGCUCUGCAGAAGGGCGUCAGCACAAUUUCCGGCAUGUACGACCAGCUUGCGGUGGAGGCAGAGCUGCAGAUCUUUGAGAAGCUGCAGCUCAGACCCAGUAAGGUGAUUCUGCCCUACGACACGAACAGCAUAAAGCCGCUUAAGCUGCAGUUCUAUGCGGCUGGUGGGGACUACAGCUAUGUGUGGCAGUCCGGCAAUGAGCAAGUGCUGAAAAUCGAUGCCCAGGGUUUGGCCACCACCGAAAUGCGUCUCUCCACUGGCACGCAGGAGCAGUAUGAUGACGGAAAUCUGCUGGCUGCCCACACCACCGUCAAGGUGGCCCUGGCCAAGAACCAGAAUGUCGCCCAAUUGGCUCAGAUCUACUUCCUCUCGCCGCAACGACUCGAGAUCAAGCAGUACAACUUCGAGACAGCCCUUAAGGACUACGUGCUCCUGCAUGUAGCUGUCUACGCGCACGCGAACGACUCCGAAGUGCCGUACACAAACUGCGAUAACUUGCACUUCCAGCUGGACUUCAGCCAACCCAUCCUUCAGCUAGAGAACAACUGGGAAGCUGAGAAGUUGGCUCCUGAUGCGUGCCAUGUGCUGAGACUGCGGGCCACCGCCGUGGGCAGCACCUCGCUGCGCGUCUCGUACAUCUUUCAGGACAAAGUGCUCCAGGACACGGUCGAUUUGCAUGUGUUCGAGGCGCUGAGCGUCCUGAAUCCCUUGGAGAACGAGCUGGUUCUGCCCAUUGGCUCGUCGCGAAACGUGAUCUAUGUGCAUGGGCCACGCCGCAUCUUUACACUGGAGGCGGAGCUCACAAAGGCCACAAACUUUAAUGGCAAGGUCGUGAAGGUGUCGGAGAUUGAGUUGGACGCCGAGGACCCCAUUACCGCGUUCAGUAUCCUGUGCCGCGAGCUGGGCGAGACGGUGUUCCAAUACCGCGUCUACAACAGCCUUGCCACGUCCAAAUUCGUCGCCUUUAAGUCUGAAGUGACAACCAAGGUGCACUGCGUAAUGCCGCGCUUUCUGAAGCUAUACUCCAGACAGGUGUUGCGCCAGUCGUGUCCCCUGGAGCACCGCUCGAAGCUGCUGUAUCUCAAGAGUCAGGAGAACAACUUUGAGAUCGAAAUCGAGGUGCAGGACGCCAAGAAUCGCAGGCUCAUGAACAUCAGCUCGCUGUGGCUGGACUGGGAGUUUGCCGCAGGCGACGAGCGAUACCAUGUGGACAACAUUCCCCACCACCAGAUGUCCGAAGUGGAUCUUCUCCACGGCGUCAAUGUCACUUCCACCGAAAUGCUUGUCCUCACGCUGAGUGAAGUGUCGCCCAACUUCCGCAUCAAGGGCACGGUGGUCCGCUACAAUGACAAGAUGCUGGCCCAACACGACAUUUACGCGGAACGCCCUCCCUUUGGGGUCAAGAAUCUGAAAACGGGUAGUAUUACAACGCCAUUGAUUGAGAACGAGAUUAGGUUCCACACGGUGAACAGUACGCUGCUGCCGAAGGAUCACAUCAGCGUCUAUCUGGCCCCCAAUUACAGAGAACGCAUCCCCAUUGCCCAGGGAAGCGGCUUCUUCGAAAUGGAGCUCUCCGAGUCCGGUAUCGUGAAUGUGGUGCACGACGAGAAGGCUGGCAUAUUAUUGUUGACGCCGCUUCGUCUGGGCCAUACACGUCUCGAGUUGGCCGACCGCUGCCUCAUGAACGAGAACAGUGUCCUGUCCAUCUCCGUGGUGGGCAUCGGCUCCAUCAGUGUGGUCAGCAUGGAUCGGGUGGAGCGCACGAACUCCAUCGAAGCGAUUGUGAAACUCUUCGACACCAACGACAAUGUGCUGGACGUGGAUCCCAACAAACUGGCUGUCUACGACCUCUCCGAGGUGGUCUUUGAUCCGACUAUAUUGAGUGUGCGUCUGGACGAGCAGGGCCAUCUCGAGCCUGGCCAGAUUCGGUACAGCAUCACUGGGAACAAUAUCGGGGAAAGCAAGAUAGUCUUCCAGGCUGGCAAGGGGCCGCAACAGGUGUCCAGCCCGGCGAUCGUUGUCCAGGUCUUUGCCCCGAUCCGCCUCUACCCGCGCGACUCCACACUUGUGGUGGGCAGCAGCAUCCAGAUCUACUACCAGGGCGGUCCCCAGCCCAAUACCAACGUGAUAUACACCGUGGAAAAAGAACAAGUCGCGACCAUGAGCUCCGCCAUUGUCACGGCCCAUCGACUAGGAGCUACCCAAAUAACCGGAAAGUGCCUGCUCAAGAACCCCGUCACUGGCAAGGAUGAAGUAGUAUCGCAGGACACCAUCGAGGUCCGUGUUGCUGCCUUGAAGGCUGUGCAAAUCCGCACACCGCUCGUCCGCAUUCGCAGUGGCGCCGUCAUGCCCGCCACCCUAUGGGGCCAGCCGGACUUCUCGCCCAUGGUGCUGGGUACGCUGGAGGACUUGAGGAUCACCUGGACAGUCAGUCAGCCGGAUGUUGUGGAGAUCUUCAAUGUGUUUACCGCAGCGGGAAUUGAGUACCAGAGCGGCGACCUAAUAUCGGUUCGAGUGCGGGCAAUGAAUCCCGGCAAGGUCACAAUCACAGCGUCAGUGAGACUGGCAGAUGGCACAAAACUGCCCGCCACCAGCGUGGAGCUAAUUGUUUUCAAAACACUGGAGCUGCUCGGACCCAAGCCCAUCAAAAUGGACUCGAUUCUGGCGGCGCCCCGCAGCACGCUUCAGCUGAAGUCCAACAUGGGCGAUGCGGUCUAUAAGCUGGAUGAGCAGAGCAGCGGCAUUGUUAGCGUGACGCCAGAUGGCAUUGUCCACACAAAGGACACUCUCGGCCGGGAUCUGAUAAUUGCCAAAACCGUGGACCAAAAUCUGCCCAUCGGCAUUGAGGUGAAGAACGUGCAGUACAUCCUGGUGUCGCUGUUGCCCCACAUGAAAUUCAAGAAGCUCGAGCACAAAAUCCCGCGUGGAAUGAACUUUCUGUUCAAAGUGUCGCUGCACGACAAUCUGGGAAACGAGCUCUCGCACAACAUCGAGGACGCCAAUGGGCUGCGCUACGAUCUGGCCACCAAGGAUGUGGUCGAUGUUCAGAUCGACAAUAAUCUGACAAUUGCGGUACAGCUGCAAAGGGAGACAAACAACAUGAUUUCCAUCAGUUUAAAGGACACGACGGGCGUUAAGCAUGCUGAGGACUAUAUCAAGCUGUCCGUGGUUGAAUCGAAGAACAUCUACCCCACCAAGACCAUUUUCUCUGUGGGCGACAUCAUUUGCUUCGAUUCACCGCUAACGUCAUCGAUUUGGAAGAGCUCCAAUGAGCAGAUUGUGACGAUUAAUAAGCACACAGGCAUUGCCCGCGUGCUGAACCAUCGCCACAAGCUGGGUGAAAAGAUUGUUAUCACCAGCGGCGAUGAGGCCAACCGAGGGGGCUUUAUCAAGUACGAUCUGGAGGUGCGCGAGUCGGAUGCGAUUGUGUUUGACAAAUCGACGGACAAAUUCAGCGGCUCUGAGUAUCGCGGACAGUUGGUGCUGCGCAACCACAUGCAGUCCGAGAAACGCAGCAACCUGAUCGCUCACAACGUAACAAAGUGCGCCGUUCAGCUCGACAAUGUUCCUGUGGAUGUGUUCACCUGUCGCUUGGUGGCCAAGGACGUACUCGGCCAGCAGCUACUGAAGCUCUACAAGGCACAGCCCAUGUUUGAUGCCUUUAGCGGGAAGUACAGCUGUCGGUUAGAGCUGCUCUCUAGCUUCGUCGAGCUACUUGCCGUCGUUAAGACCAACGAUGUCCUUUUAGAACUGCAGGCGGCGAUGCCCAACGGCGUUUUGGAUACCAUGUCACUGAAAUUGGUGCCGGGCAUUAAAGUGAUGCCCGAAUCGGUGCAGGUGACCGAUUUGAAACCACAGGAGCUGCACAUUAGUGGGCUGGACAAGGCACUACACAAGCUGCAGGUCAAAUCAUCGACCAGCAAAUACUUUUCUGUGGACUUCCUUGAGCACGGCCAUGGCAUUAGCAAAUAUAGUUUGCGAUUCUUCGAGGACUUUCCGAUGGAUGAACACUUUUACGUACUAAUCGAAUCCCCGGAAACGGAGCAGAUCAUUGAGAUACCCAUUGCGGGCAGCACAAUGCUGGCCCAGAAGUGCGCGGACCGUCCCUAUGGCGGACCUCUGUUUUAUCGUCUGGUAGAGAAUAUUGGAUUCCUCCUCACCACGACUGUGAUUGUAAUCAUCUCGAUAUGGGUAUACGUGGCUUGCUUCCAAUCGCAGGGUGUCACGCAAGUCAACUCUGAGGUUUUCCAGAUGCAGAAAUCCAAAAACAGUCCCACUGCAAGUCCAAAUGUAUUUGACGACUCGUCAUCUAUUCGCCGGAAUUAUUCUCAUAGCAGUCGAAGGGACCAUUUGGACAACUCAAUGGACUCGUAUGUUUACGGCAGUCCGCGGCUCAGCUCCGCAAACAGAUCCGGAAAUUCGCCUCGUUUUAACUAAAUUGAACUUAAAACGGUGGAAAGAUAUUGGCCUUGAAGUUUGAUAGGAACUAUCUGCGAUUGCACAAAUUAUUUAUAUUAUUUUUACGUCAUGCUUUUGAUAAGCUCAUCCUUCAAGGCAAUGUCAAGCCUCCUUUUUUUUUUUUGUUUAGAACAAUACUCGUAGUUUGGUUGAAAUUUUUUUCGAUUUUCCUUGCGUCUGUAGGUCUAUUAUGUAUGUCUAGUCUGUAGAUAAGUUAAAGUGUAACAUAGCCAAAGUACAAUGUAUCUUUUUCUUUGAAAUCAGAUCGUUAAGAAGUAUUUAUGUGUUAAAAAUCCUAAAAUAAGAGAUUAAAUAAAAGAUGAAGAGUGAAGUGUGCUCGUCUUUAAA